AUCGAGAACCACAUCGAGAGAGAAGAAAAAACUGGAAAACAAAAAAAAAAAAGAAUUACGAAACAAGAAGAGGAAGAAGAUUAGGGCUUUCACUGGAUUUGAGGAGUCGUUACGUUACAUCUCGUGUGUCUUCAUCUUCCUCUUCACUUUUGGUUUCUCUCUUUCUCUGUCUGAGAAGCUUCUUAGAUACUACUAAGGAGUAGUAAGGCAUGUCUUCUGAUAAUACUGCCAAGGAUUCGUCUUUGACUGAUUGGAAACAAGAUAUAGGACACUCUGAUGAUCCAGAUUACAGAAGCAAAGAAGAUCGUAAGCCCUCCUCCAAUGUUGAACGAGGUCACUUUCUUGAAAGUUGGAACGAGACUAAGAAGAGCAAACCAGGGUACCAAACGAGAUACUUCAUCAUCAAAAGUCUGAACCACGACAAUAUUCAACUUUCCCUCGAGAGAGGGAUCUGGGCUACUCAAGUCAUGAAUGAGCCUAUACUGGAAGGUGCUUUUCAUAAUUCUGGUCGAGUGGUUUUGAUUUUUAGCGUGAACAUGAGCGGAUUCUUCCAAGGGUAUGCACAGAUGUUGUCUCCUGUGGGUUGGAGACGAGACCAUAUAUGGAGUCAGGGAGGUGGUAAGAACAAUCCCUGGGGACGCAGCUUUAAAGUGAAGUGGCUGAGGUUGAGUGAACUGCCUUUUCAGAAAACACUUCAUCUCAAGAAUCCUUUGAAUGAUUACAAGCCUGUCAAGAUUAGCCGAGAUUGCCAGGAGUUGCCGGGAGAUAUUGGUGAAGCGCUUUGUGAGCUCCUUGAUGCACACAGCUGCGAUGAGGGUUUGCUGAAUAGCUCUUCUAGGGAGGAUUAUUCAACGAAAAGGUCUCGCGUAGACCCUCCAUCUUCCUCAGGAGAAGAAGAGUAUAAUAAUAAAAAUAUGUGGGGCCAUACACAGAUGCAUUACCCUCCUGCGGUCUACUCAAACCAGGAUGACCUCAGCAGAUUCCAUCAUGGUGUAACCUCGGAGCAAGAAAAGUAUUUACGUUUCAACUCAUGGGGUUUGCCUUUGGAGAGCCCUCUAGCGAGUAGCCUAACCGAUGAUGAUUUUCUUAACAUGUCUUAUGAAGAAUACGUUGAAAUCUACAGCAGAUGCAUGAGACAACUUGGUCUUCCUGUCAGUGAUUCCACAAUCACGAGUCACACACGAGCCAUCAAAUAAAACAGAUGAUGGAAGCAAUGGUUCUUCCAAAGACCUGUCAUCAUCAAGAAAGAGAGGACGGGAUUCAUCCUAGUGUUCGAGCUCGAACCUCUACCGUGAAGUUUGCAUCAAAAACGCAUAACAAUUGGUCAGUGCCAUUUCGAUAGCUUGGUGAUGGAGAAUCUGUUGUCAUGCUGUAUUCAUGUUCAUUUAGUCUACUGGUUUCUAAAAACCAGAAGACUAGUAGCUAAACAGUUUCUUCUUCUUCUUCUUAUUUUUUUGCCAAAACUUGUACAGUUUUAAAUAUGGCAAACGCUUAAGCUUUUGGAAAUCUAAACCCUGAAUUAGGUUUUGAUUUCGUUUUAAA